UCUCCCGGAAGUGCGCCGGGAGCUGGCGCUGCGAGCCGAGCACUCACCCUCUCCCCCUUGCCAGUGUUCCUUUGAGAGGCUGUGUGAAGACCUGGUUCUCCCCAGAGACAACUGCAUCCCAGAAGCACUUCUCCUGGAAGGACUUGUCACGCCAGACAAUGCCCGUUGAGUUGGGGCAGGCCCUUGUCCUGCUGCCGCCACUGGCGAAGGCUGAGAGCUCUCUGUUCUCUGGAGCAGAUGCUGCCCCUCGAGAGGAGCUCGCAAGUCCAGAGACCGCGCGCCAGCUUUUCAGGCAGUUUCGCUACCAGGUGAUGUCUGGGCCCCACGAGACCCUGAGACAACUUCGAAAGCUCUGCUUUCAGUGGCUACAGCCAGAAGUGCACACCAAAGAACAGAUCCUAGAGAUCCUCAUGUUGGAGCAGUUCCUCACUAUCCUCCCUGGGGAGAUCCAGAUGUGGGUGCGGAAGCAGUGUCCAGGCAGCGGAGAGGAGGCAGUGACCCUUGUGGAGAGCCUGAAGGGAGACCCCCAGAGACUCUGGCAGUGGAUCAGCAUCCAAGUUCUAGGACAGGAAAUAUUAUCAGAGAAGGUGGAAUCAGCAAGUUGUCAAGUGCGGGCAGUGGAACCUCAUCUUGAAGUGGUGCCUCAGGAGCUGGGACUUCAGAAUUCACCCUCCGGGCCUGGGGAGGCACUGAGCCACAUCGUGAAAGAGGAGUCUGACCCUGAACAAGAAUUAGUGAUGGCUACUUCUCAGUUUCCUGCUCAACCUGAGGAGAGGCUCAUCAGAGACCAGGACUUUGGAGCCUCACUUCUCCAAACAGCGCCUCAGGAGCAGUGGAAGCACCUGGAUUCCACUCAAAAGGAACAAUACUGGGAUCUCAUGCUGGAGACUUACGGGAAAAUGAUCUCAGGAGGCAUUUCCAACUCUAAGCCUGACCAGACUAAUUCUACAGAGUAUGGGGAAGAGCUGGCAGGAUUGCACCUUCAUGUCAGUGAGAAGAUUCCAAGACCCAUGUGCAUAGGAGAUAAACAGGAGAAUGACAAAGAAAACCUGAAUUUGGAAAACUACAGGGACCAGGAACCUCCUGGUGCUUCCUUCCAAGUCUCAGGAGCAGCACCUUCUCAGGCUUCCUUGAGUGACAUCUUCAAGGAGGAUGAGCAGAGACACUUGGGAGAAGGAGAACAUCUCUCUGAGGCUCAGGAAACUCUUCAGGGUGAGGGCUCAGGGGGGCAGCUCUCUCCUCAAGAAAGGCAUUCUGGGAGACAGCUAGGCCAGCACUUGGCUAAUUCUCAUCCAGGAGAACUGUCUAUGCUGUGGCUGGAGGAAAAGAGAGAGACCUCCCCAAAAGGACAGCUGAGAGCCCCCAUGGCCCAGAAACUGCCCACCUGCAGAGAAUGUGGGAAAACCUUUUAUAGGAAUUCUCAGCUGGUUUUUCACCAAAGAACUCACACUGGAGAGACAUACUUCCAGUGCCCGACCUGCAAAAAAGCCUUUCUGCGGAGUUCCGACUUUGUGAAGCAUCAGAGAAUUCACACAGGAGAGAAACCCUGUAAAUGCGAUUAUUGUGGGAAAGGCUUUAGUGACUUCUCAGGACUGCGCCACCAUGAGAAAAUCCACACAGGAGAAAAACCCUAUAAAUGUCCCAUCUGUGAGAAAAGUUUCAUUCAAAGAUCAAACUUCAAUAGACAUCAGAGAGUUCAUACAGGAGAGAAACCUUAUAAAUGUUCCCGCUGUGGGAAAAGUUUCAGCUGGAGCUCAAGCCUCGAUAAACAUCAAAGAUCCCAUUUAGGAAAGAAGCCAUUUCAGUAGCCAGGUUCUCUAGCUGCCUUUCCUUUUAAAAAAAUUUAGCUCCAUCUGGAGAAAUUGCAUCUCUGAAGAGGAUUUGCUGUUCUCUUUUUCAUGAGUUGAAGAGGAGAACCUGAACGUAGGUUUGGACUUGGAUUUCACACUGGGUUGAUUUUGUCUCUGUCAGCACAAAGAAUAGUCUUCAUCUGUUAGUUCAUCUCUUUUUUUGGAUCCCUUGUGGAAAAGUAUUUCAAGACCCACUUUAGAGGUCUUCUGUUUGGGAAGAGUUUAACUAGAUUUGCCCCACUGCUGCUCAUGGGAAGAAUUCAGCCCUUUAGAACUGGGGUUCUAGAACAGGUCUCUUGUUACUGAAGGGAGGGCAUAAAGUUCAAAUGAGCUCUCAAGUGUGCUUUGUCAUGGUUGAACAAUUAGCUUCAGGAGUUCCUUGUUUGAAUAAACCUAG